AUGAAGAGUGAGUUACUAUUUAUUAUUUACAUUUUAUUAAUAUAGACUACCAGAUAAUAAUGUAUGAGAUAAUUUAGGGAAUUAGAAUCAAUAUUAAAGAAAAAUCAUAAGAAUGUGCUGUAAUAUUAAGUUGGAGCAUUGAUUUCACGAGCAAGAUAAAAUGGGUUUAGAGAUGGAAAUUAUGGUUCUUGCUUAAAGGAUGAUGCUUAUACUAUUAUGUCCGAUGGCGUGCCCUAUACAUCUUGUUUUAUAAGCCAAAAAAUUUCCAUAUCACUAAUGUAAAAUUAUUUAUUGAAUACAUUCGAAAUUUGGCUUUGGGAUUUAGGCUAUCGCAUAGGUGAAGGUAUCAGAUUUUAUACAAUAAUUGUUUAUGCUGUGUUGAAUGGAGUUCAAACUAAAAUUUAUGAUAGUAAUUUAGCAAUAUCAAUAGUCAAGAUUACAUUUCCAGAUCAAUUUGUUGAAAGAUUUGAUGUAUUAAAUGUAGGAGGUAAUACUUACAAUUCAGGUUUGCACAUUUUAAAAGUGAAUGCAUAUUAUAAAUUUUCAUGA